CAGCACAGAGGACAGGACCAUGACCUGGACUGCUCUCAUCAUCUGUUCUCAUCUCACACUUCUCCUCAUGAUCCUGGAGACAGGACACACCACUGACAACAACACCAGAGGGCUGGCAGCUACAGCUCCAGGAGAUAUCAUCAUCGGAGGAAUUUUUCCCGUUCACACCACUGUUGAGAAGAGGAAGGAUGGCUCGUAUGAACCUUAUCCUCUGCCGUGUAUCAAGUUCAAGAAGAAAGCCCUGGACAUGGUUCUGGCUAUGAUCAACGCUAUAGAGGUGAUGAAUAAAUCCCCUCUACUGACGGAGGUGAACGUCACUCUGGGAUACCGGAUAUUGGACUCCUGCGCUGACGUCAGCACGACUCUGAGAGCAACCGCAGACUUCAUGGGGAGGGAAGGAAGCAACACCUCUACCAGUAGACAGCCAAUCAUGGCCGUUAUAGGUCCCUCCCACUCGGGGACAACCAUCGCCAUGGCCAGGCAACUGACGCUCAGGAUGAUUCCUCAGAUAAGUUUUUCAGCGACCGCUGUGACUCUGAGUGAUAAGACCCGCUACCCUGCCUUCAUGAGGACCGUCCCUAAUGACAAGCACCAGACAGCUGCCAUGGUCCGUCUGAUCAAGACCUAUGACUGGAACUGGGUGGGCAUCAUUACCUCGGAUGGAGAGUAUGGCCGGUCAGCUCUUGAACUCUUUGUGACCCAGGCCUUAAAAAAUAAGAUCUGUGUGGCUUUCAGUUCAGUUCUCCCAAACCCUGAGAACAGUCCGGAUUUCAAGAAUGAUAUCAAACAGGCCGCCAGAGCCAUCCGCACCAAUAUCAAUGCCAAGGUCAUCGUGUCAUUUGCCAGGACAGAUCAAAUGACGCUCCUUUACCAGGAGCUGAAGGACCAGACGCUGAGAGAAGGAAAGGAAGUGGAUUCAAUGCGACGAGUCUGGUUGGCCAGUGACAGCUGGUCCUCCUCCAGCUCUGUCACAGGAAACCUCACUCUGAAGGACAUAGGAGACGUUGUGGGCUUCACCUUCAAAAAUGGAAAUGUGUCAUCACUCAUUGAGUACCUGAACAGGCUGGAGGCAGCCGGACAUCAACACACAGGGAAUAACUCCUUCCUGCAGGAGUUCUACCAGCAGCUAAAUAACAGUAACUUCUCUACAGACACCGAGCUGGUGUCUGAGGCCGUGAGGGUCCUCAAAAAAGAGAUUAAUAAUGACACUGUCUUCAGUCUAGAGAUGGCUCUGAGCGCCAUCGCUCAUGCUGUGGCGUCUGUCUGCAGGAGCAGAGACUGUAAAACACCAGGCAGUGUGCAGCCCUGGGAGGUGCUGGAGGCUCUGAAGAAGCAGGGGUUUAAAUAUGGAGGGAAGAGCUACAACUUCAACGAGGAAGGAGACUUACUCCUGGGCUACGACAUGAACCUGUGGAGGUCUGACGGAAGAGAAAUCCACAUCAAUGAAGUCGUGGCUGAGUACGACUUACUCACCAACAACUUCACUUACACCAACCACAGCACCACCCAGCAGCUCAUGAAACUGAAGGACAUCAAGUCUAAAUGCUCUAACAGCUGUGUCCCUGGAGAGAUUAAGAAGACAGCUGAAGGUCAACACACCUGCUGUUACGAGUGCAUCAACUGUACAGCGAACCACUACUCUAAUGAGACAGACAUGGACCAGUGUCUGCGCUGUGACACAGAAACAGAGUGGUCUUCAGAGCGCAGCUCCGUCUGCACCCCCAAAACUCUGACCUACUUCUCCUGGGACGACAGCUUCGCCGUGGCGCUCGUGACCUUCACUGCCCUGGGCAUCGUCCUGGUUCUGAUGGUAUCGGCUCUGUUCUUACACCAGCGUGACACUCCGGUAGUGAAGGCUGCCGGGGGGCCCCUGAGCCAGGUCGUCCUCUUCUCUCUGAUCGUCAGCUACAUCAGUGCCAUGCUGUUUGUGGGUCAGCCCAACUCUCCCCAGUGUAAGGCUCGACAGGUGCUGUUUGGCAUCAGCUUCACUCUGUGUGUCUCCUGCAUCCUGGUCAAGACCCUGAAGAUCUUGCUGGCCUUCCAGUUCAAUCCUGAGCUGCAGGAGGUUCUGCGGAGGUUCUACCGGCCCUAUGUCAUCGUCAGCAUCAUCGUGGCCUUGCAGAUAGUUAUCUGCGUCUGCUGGAUGGUCCUCGAUGGCCCUGUUGAAAUGAUCAUCUCCAACUCCAACUCCAAUAUUCGGCUGGAGCAAUGUGCUGAGGGCUCAGUAGUUGCCUUCUGGAUGAUGUUAGGCUACAUAGCCAUCCUAGCUUUUGUGUGUUUCGUCUGUGCCUUCAAAGUACGCAGACUUCCACAGGACUACAACGAGGCAAGGUUCAUCACCUUCAGCAUGCUGCUCUACCUCAUCUCCUGGCUGAUCUUCAUCCCCGUUUACAAGACCAGUCCAGGAAAGUACCAGUCGGCGGUGGAGAUGGUCAUCAUCCUCAUCUCCAACUACGGCAUCCUCAGCUGCCAUUUCUUCCCAAAGUGCUACAUAAUCCUCUUUAAGAAGGAGAAAAACACCAAGAGUGCUUUCAGGAAGAAUCUGUACGAGUAUUCCAAUAAAACCAGUGACUGUGUCUCUGUGUCAGGGUGUUCAGGGUCAGAGUUCCAGUCCAGCAGUCAGCUCGUCACCAUCAGUGCUCUGUCCCUCUCUGUGUCUGCAGAUCACCCUCUCAAACCUGCUGUGGUGACGGACAGCAGAGACACGAACACACCUGUGCACCCGUGCAGAAGACGGCACAAAGGCUCAGACACGGGGCACUGCCUCAGGAGAAGCAUCAGCAUGUGACUGACAGUAGAAAUCUUUUGUAAAUUCUAAAGGCUUUAUAUUUCAAGAUCUGAAGUGAGAGGUCACGUGUUUUUUAGAUAUAACCUGAGGAUGCUCUGUGAAUACUGGACUCCUGUAUACUGGUUGUCAUGUCAGCAGACAUCAGUGCUCACACAGACAUUACAGUCUGCAGACUGUUACAGCUGAUAGUGUGUUUGCAUACUCCACCCAAUCAGCCAGAGCCUGGGUGUAGCUGUGGUUAGCUGCCAUCCUGGGACUUUGUCUGUAGCACUGAGGGUAUGUGACCACAGCUGCCACCCAGCAUGAGCCUGUCUGUGUUCAGUUAGUGAGUUAUUUAAUCCCACGGGAAGUAAAGACUGGAAACAGAUGGAAGAACAUAUGUUACAGAGCCUAAACAUUGAUAUGUUUAUAUUUCAUGAAAACACUUCCAAAGCCCAACUGAAGCAUCACUUAACAUGAAAUUAUGGACAAAGAUCCCUGGAAUCAACACGGCCUCUUCAAUAAACCAGCCACUUCGGCAGAAGCCAAAUAUCACAGUAAAUAAAGUCAUAAAAUGGAAUAAAUGGACAGACGUAGGAAUCUCAAAGUUCUGGCAAAUAUUCUCUAGUAACUGCUUUAAAACCUUUAAUGAAUCAAUCAAUGAACAUAAAUUUCCAAUAAGUGAAUAUUUACAUUACAGCACUCUACAGCUUUCUGUUAAAGCACUUACAAACUGAGCACAGACACCCACAAAUUUGAAAACAUACUUUUUCAACUUGUUCCAUAGAAAUAUUCAAUCAAACAUUUUUACACAAUGUUAAAUUUAAGACCUGUGCAAUGAAAUGGAUCAGGGACCUCCAUACACUAGAGGAUAUUUCCUGGAGGAACAUGUAGAACAACUGAAGUCAGCCCUUCAAAACACUAAACAGACUAUAUUACCCUCCAUCACCAUGUACAGACUGGGAAUAUGGGGUGAUAGUUAAUGCAUAAAGUGUGGUGCUGCUGGAGGAACUCUGCUCCGUCUGCCGUGGGACUGACGCAAAAUGAAAGAGCUCUGGUUUGGAAUAACAAAGGGAGCAACAACCAACACUAAUACAGCCACUCCACUCACACCUCAAACAUUUACAUAGCUUCAGCAGAGUUCCUUCAAAGAAUAAAAAUGUCUUUCUCUAAUUAUGUACGCUCACAAAGAAGGUAAUGAUGAACUACUGGAUUUCCCCAAACACACCAACACACAAAGAAUUAGAAAAGGUAGCUUUUAGACUAGAGAAUAAUGAGCCAGAUUAUAAUGUGACAUGGACUCCAGUGGAAAGACACCUACUGUCAAUAUAAAGAAGGAGGGAAGCAGGGAAAAAAUCAGAGAGCAAUAUUUUUUUUAUUUCAAUAUCCUAUUACUAUUAUUAUUAUUAUU